CCGACCUCCUCUUUUUUUUUGCCCUUUUACGCGUUCGUUUUUCGAGAUGUUGAUGGAAGUUGAUAGUUCCACUGCUCCACAGUCGCUUACAUUUAACGAUACGCUCGUUACCUCCUCGUCAAAGCCUAUACGUGCGGACGAACUCGUACGACGUUUGCAGAAACUACAUGAAGAAUUGCAAAAUCUGGAUCAGGAAAAUGUUGUAAAAUCGUCGCUGGACAAAGUGUCGAAAGAUCUUGUGCAUGCACAGUUACUCAAGCAUAAAAACGCAACGGUGAAAGCUAUCACGGCAUGCUGCCUGGCCGAUAUUUUAAGACUAUUCGCCCCUGAUGCUCCGUAUUCCGAAGCCCAAUUAAAGAAAAUCUUUGAACUGUUUAUCGCACAAUUGCAAUUCAUCAAGAGCAGCGAUCAUCGCGAUUUCCGCUAUCACUUUUAUCUGUUGGAGAGUCUUUCCACCGUGAAAAGUGUCAUCAUUAUCGCUGAUCUCGGCAAUUCCGAGGAAUUAACGCUGAACUUCUUUAUGCUCUUUUUCAACACGAUCAAUGCCAAUCAACCGAGAAACGUGCAAAUGUGCAUGCUGGAUAUCCUCGUGCAACUCACCGAAGAAGCUGGCCCAUUAUCGCAGGACGUCAUUGAAUUACUGCUUGAACAAUUUGAUGAUAAAGUAAAGGAGAAGAACGAACCAGCUUAUUUCUUGGCUUUGGAGUUAUGUCGCGUGUGCGUUGACGUGCUUCAGCGCCGCAUAUGUCAGUAUUUCACAGACACAUUAAUGGCGGUCAGCAGAAAUAGUGGAUCAUCUCAGGAAUUGGAAGAGCUAAAAAAAGUGCAUGAACUGAUUCGCAAGGUGCACAGUGUCGUGCCUGGAUUAUUACUCAGUGUCAUUCCCCAGUUGGAAGAAGAAAUGAAACUUGACAAUGUUCACGUUCGACAAAUAGCCACCCAGACGAUUGGCAAUAUGCUCGCCGAAAAGAACUCGACCUUGUACGAGCAAUAUCCGUCCAUCUGGAAAACGUUUCUGCGCAGACAAAAUGACAAGAUGGUUUCGCUUCGUGUUCAGUGGUUGGAACAUUGUGUUCCCUUAUACCGUAACAACCCAUCGCUCAUCGCAGAUUUAAACGAUUCCUUGAAGAAGAAGUUGUCCGAUCCUGAAGAGAAAGUACGGGCGGCUACGUGUCAAGUCAUUGGAGAUAUUGAUAGCGAGGUUGACCCCACUCAUAUGGACAAAGAAGUAUUGGAAAAACUCGCGUUACGAUGCAAAGACAAAAAGGCUUCUGUACGAAAAGGUGCCAUGGACGCUUUGGGCUCCAUUUACAACAAGGCGUACGGCAGAAUUGCUGCGCAAGACCGUCCUGUCGUUGAAAAAGUGGGAUGGAUCCCUGGUACAAUACUGUCAUGUUUAUACGUGGAUGAACCUGCCGUCAUGUCUGGUGUUGAAAGCACAAUGGUCUCUUUUAUCCUCCCUGAAAAUCCAGAUGACGAGGAGAGAACCGAACGCCUGGUGACAGUCUUUGGCCAUCUAGAACAGCGUGCUCGAGUCGCCUUUUUAGCGCUUAUUCGCAAACAAAAAAUUUUCUCGGAAGUAUUGCGAAAAUUCAUCAAUGUAUGCGAACAAUCACGUGAAGACGAUGAGAUGGACGAGGAUACCGAGCGUAAAUCUGCCGAUUUGAUGAAUCACAUUUCAGGGCAAUUUGCGGAUAGAGCAAGAACAAUCAACAGCUUGCGUCGAUUUAUGGAAAUCGACGAUGAAGAGGUUCUUCGAUUAUUGAAAAGCAGCAUCAACCCCGACAGCAGCUAUAACCGUAUCUGCAACGCCAAGAAAUCGCUUCUGGAACGCUUGGAACAAUUGUCGCCUGCAUUGUACGAGAUCUUUGAGCUCAUUCUCAACAGGGCUUGUCCUAGUCUGUUGAAUGUAGAAUGCAUUCCACAUCUUUUGAAAAUGCUUCAAUCCACGCGGCUCCGACGAUCAACUUCUCAUAAUCAGCCCAGCAAAAUUGCUCAGGAUCUCCUAAAAGAAAUCUCGGCCACUUAUCCAACGAUGUACCAAACGUAUACGCAAGAUCUCAUCAAGAAUGUGCUUAGUGAACACAGCAGCCUUAUGGCUGAUGAUAGCCUUGAAUUGCUGGCCCAAAUCAGCCGAACGCCUCCCAAGGUAUCGACAUAUAAUGAUGUCACGCUGAGACGUCUUUUUGCGUAUAUUCGAGAAGGCAAUGUUACUCGAGCCGAGCACGCGGCUGUCAUUUUAAGCAAUAUCGAAGAAGUCGAAGAAGUUUGCGGAGAACUCGUCAAGAACUUGUGCACAGAAUUGAGCUUGAGCAAUCCCUAUCUAUUGGCGUCCUUGAAUAGUUUAUCCCAGUUUGCGCUGUACUCUCCACAAUUGUUAAGUGAUCAGAUGGACGAUGUACUCGAAUUUAUGCAAAACGACGUCUUUACGCAGAAUAUGAUAGCGGAUGAAAGCAACAACCCCGAAUGGAUGUCAUAUGAUGAAUUGGCCGAGACUUCGAAACAAAAGUUGACUGGACUUCGGCUAUUGGUGAAUUACCUCAUUGGAGCUGCCGCUACCGAGGGUGAACAGCAUGAACGAUUGACAGCAUCAAUCUUCAACUUGUCAUGGGAUUUCAUGAACUGUAGUUCAGAUACUGCAAUUUCCAACAGUUUCAGUGCUGCCGAGUAUUCUCAUUUGCGUCUCGCUGCGGUGCAAUCGCUCAUUAAAUUGACACAAUUGGAACGGUAUCAAGACCAGCUCUCUGUACCGAAAUUCGAAAGAAUCGCACUGGCACUGCAGGAUCCAUGUUAUUUUGUACGUGCCGAGUUGGCAGAAACAUUGAUGAAAGGCCUUCAGGUGGGACAUAUCCAUCCCCGUUAUUAUGCGGUGCUGUUUUUGUGUGCGCACGAACCGGAAACGGAGCUUCUGAAACAAAUCAAAUACUUUCUGCAAAAACGAGCAGUGAAAUUCAGUGCUGGUCAAGCAUACAGUUUGGAGACAUCAUUCGUUCGAUUACUGCAUAUGCUCGCACACCAUCCUGAUUUUGGUGUAUCUACAGAAGAGCUUCUUGAAUUCCUGCCAUACAUUGAAUUUUAUCUGAGUUGUGUUGCCAAUGCAGACAAUGUAUCGUUCCUUUACCAUGUUGCACAAAAGAUCAAGUCUUCCACAGAUAUGGUUUCCAAUGAAUUAAGCCAGAAUUCCUAUGUAUUGAGUGAUUUAGCAUGCCUGCUGAUCAAGCGCAAAUGCAGAAACGCUUCAUGGCCACUCAAUGCCUAUCCUAAACAUAUCAACCUCCAAUCCAAGAUUUACAGAACUUUACCAUCCAGUUCAAUCCAAGCAGAGACGCUGAAAAAUGUGUAUUUGCCUGAGGAACUCAUUCGAAUGAUUGAAACUGACGCUUUGCAGAAGAGUUCUGAAAAGCGUAACACAACUCGUACUGGAGGACAAUCCAUCAGCAAACGACCGCGCAAUGCGUAAUAAAUAAUGUCUUAUUUUCCUUGCCUUCAAUAAAAUCAUCAUUCCUCGAAAGCGCAAAACCGGUUGUGCCUUU